AUGGACAAUACGAUGCCCGACGACACCUCCCGCCUGUGGGCUAUUAAGCAGGAAAAAGCUGACGAGUUGAGUGCGAUGCGUGCCCAAGUCGCGCAGACCUCGAACGCCACGUCAACUAUCCAGACUGGCAGUAGCGUCAUGUCUACGCCUGCCACAGCCGGCCCAAGCCGACCGUUCCCUACAAUCUCGAAGAACGACGGCAAAUCGCCGACGCCUUCGAGAUAUACCCCGCAAUUUACCGCAUCAACCAAGCAAAUUCUGAGCCGGAUAAAGAAUGAGAAUGGCAGCAACUCCUCCCCGUCCCUUGGCUUUACCACCGCCCAACUCUCCGCCCCAGCAAAGGCAACUUACGAGGAUGUUAAGCGCAGACUCGUCGAGACGCUCAGCACAUCUACAACUUUGCCAAUGCCGACAGCGUCACCCAGACCUAUCGCAGGAGCCGCCACGCAUGCCAAUCGACUGCCAUCACCUAGUGUGGGCAAGAGAAAGCGAGGAUCAGACGAGCAUGACAGCAGGCCACCAACGCGCCCCACACCCCGAGACGAACCUCAGCCCGUUGCCAUCCAGCCCCCGAAACCGCCUUCCAAAAGGAAACGCGUCAAGGAUUCUUCCAUGUGUGUGAAGUGCCAGCGCAGCUCGGAUACUGCCGCCAACCUUAUCAUCACUUGUGGUUGCGGCGAGGCCUGGCACCAGCUCUGUCACGAUCCCCAGGUCCCCGAGGAAACAGCUAGCAACCCUGCCUCUUUCAAGUGCAGCACUUGCGUCGUCGAAGACAAGGCGCAGGCUAACUACCAAGCCAAACUGGUUAAGUACCGCGAGGCGAAGCAGCAGCAAUCCGAUCUGAAGAAGCAGCGGGCCGAAGUUGAGAGGAUGAGGACGAGGAAUCUCGAGGGUCUGCCCGAUUUCAUCAAGCCUGAGCUGGUGGGAUUCGGGGCUGGUGAUGCCAGCACUGAUGCGAGGAGAGAGUAUUUCGAGGAACUCCGUAGGACCGACUUGCUUAAUCUACUCUCUUUCAGUGAGCAAAUCAAGCCUGGCCUGUUGGUGGACAUUCUCGUUUCGGUGUCCAAAAAGCAGCCAGAUCUUCCGAUCUUUCGCUCACCAGACUGGGCUCAGCCGAGGGCGCAACCCGAAAGUUCUCGUACGAACGUCCUCGCAAACGGUACUGGAAACCAGUUGCCACCCAAGCGUUCCAAGCAACGCUCCAAGCCGGGUGGUGUGCGCCCGAUUUUGCAGUUGACGACCACCCCUGAGGCCGAUGCUGUACCAGAGGACAACGAGGACGAUUAUCUUCACCCUAAUUGGCCCAAAGCAGGAAAGGGACUCUAUGCCACCCUGCCCCCGGAGAAGGAAGACUCACAUUACCUGGAGGACGAUAACGACGAGGAGGCAUUCAGCCAUUUCUUUGUUGAUGGUAAUGGAAAGCAAGUGGCACAGCCGGUCAGGGUUUAG